AUGCGGACUGCGCCUCAUUUCGGCGGCGGGACCCGACCGCAGACCAGUCGCCUCCCACCCUUCACUGGCGUCUCCCCUCGGGUCUCGGUCCGUGGGGUGGCGGCCCACCGCGGCGAGUACGUCGCCCUCGUGAUAAGACCCACCGCCAUCAACUCCCAGCGGGGAUCAUUAGAGGGCUACUGCAUCGCUACAGAUGAGCCAGUGGAGGUGAUGGGAUUCCCAAGCGGGUUAGAGUUGGCGCAGGUGAAUGAGAUUGUGUGCUACGUUAACCCCAGCAACGGUGAGCUGGAGUACUAUCAACAUGGCACAUACAAUGACGAGUAUGAUGUGGAGACGUACCGUAAACUUUUGGAAUUGUUUCCAAAGUUCCCAGAACUUUUUUGA